UUGUCCGCGCAGUUAUCCUCCCUCGAGCCGAUCAUCUCACCUGCCUCCAACUCCCUUUCCUCGCCUUCGCCACAGCAAACGCCACUUAGCUCGACUUCCUUUGGUCUGGCUUCAGCCAAGGAUAAUUCUGAAUCCACAGCUCCUCUUUUGGCUGAUUCAUCUUCCUCUGCCGUGUCCACUACACCCAUUACCACAACCACGGAUUCUUCUGCUUUGUUUCUUUCUCCACCUGGCAACGCGGCCUCCCAUGGGCUUGUAGGCGUUCCCGGAUCUCCGUUAUUGCGGGUUCCUAGUCCCACCGCCGUUGUGACAACCAUUGCCACUCCAACUGUGUCCGGAACCACCCCCAUGACCACCGUUAGACUUUCCUCAUCUUUACAGACCAGUCCAAGCAGCUUAUUUGUAACCCCGAUCCCCACCUCACUGACUACCUGCUCCUCUCCGAACAGCGGUCUCUCAACUUUGGCAUCUGCAGCGGCCGCUAGUGCUGCUGUUACGACUUCGCCAGCCUAUUGCGAGAUUGUUAGUGAUGUCGACUUACCGAGCGGUGUUGACACUGGCCCAAUUUCUAUACACCCGGGUGACAGAAACCACUAUUCCAGUCAACAACAGCAGCCAUUCUCUCCCAACUCGUCUCCUGCGCCCUUGUUAGUCAGUUGCACUCCUCUUGCAGGGCUAUCGGCGUCUACAAAACUCAAAUUUAAAGCCCUUCUCUUUCAACAGCCUGUCCCGAACCAAUGCCAAUCUCCUUCCAGCCCCGUCUGUGAAUCCACUUCAUUUGAUGCACUACGAUCGAGUCCUAUUACAACAAUUGCCACCUCUACUCUGCUUUCUACAUUCCCACCCCAAACACUGCCCCUUUCCAGUUUUCCUAUAUCUAGUCAUCAGCCAAAAUCAUCACUCGGCCAUACUUCCACCUGCCUUUCGUCUCAUUUAUCUUCUUCCUCUUCUUCCUCCCGUCCAUCUUCUUCAUCGCCUUCUUUGUCUAUAUCCCCCUCACCUGUCUCUACAUCCACCACUCCUACCACGCCCAGCGGAGUCAAGUCAAUCUGCCAGACCCCUAAGAGAAUGGCUGCCAUGGCAGCUACGUUAGCUGAAGUAAAGCAGCAACAACAGAGACAACAAAAAAACUUGACCCCGCCAGAUUUGAUUGGCGAACUCAACUCUUCAGUCUCUACUAGUGAGUUACCGCAUUUUAAGUUCACUAGCUCCAUCGACGCAGCUGAUACCUCCCUGCCUCCAAUUAUUCCCUCUCUGGAAUCUUCAGCCUCUCCUCCUCUUCUUGUUUCAUCUGAGCGUGAAUUUGAUCCAGCAGUAGAAACAUGUUCUGGAGUACAGGGCUCAGUCUCUGUCCCUAUCCAGGCCCCGGAGCUCGAGCCUAGUUGCCCGUUGACACGAGCUGGCACCAAGAGGGAUGCUUCUUGUCUAGGAGUACUGGCGGUCGUAGGCGAUGUUCCGAUUCGGAAGGCCUCGGGCUCCACGACUGGACCCAAACUUGAACCCAUCGCAACGGAUAGUGAUUCGGACGCUAGUGGAACACCUGACUCUUUGACUGAGCAUUCGGCACCUGGAUCAGGCUCGAGCUCUCUAGGUGGGACAAGAAAGCGGGCCAGACUCGCAAGGUUGGCUCGAACGCAGAACCAAUCAACUAAAUCAAUCUCUGCUGCAAGACCUAAUGGCCGUAUUAGUUCACGUCAGGCUGCAAGCCAAUCGUAUAUUAAAUCCCCAGUAUCACCAACAAAAUUGCCUUUAAAGAGCUGGCAUAGGAACAUGCGCCAAGUAACUUUGCGUUAUGAAAACGAAGUGGAGGCAGGUGUUGAGCUGGAGAAGGCCUCUCGGACGGCGAGUCAUGAGGACUUAAUAGGUGGACUAGUUUUGAGCAGUGAUUUAAACGAUGAAGACGGGGCCACACAAAAGAUGGAGUUGUGCGGGAAACUGACUGAAUUAGGAAAGUUGGACGAAAUUGAUAAGGAUACAUUGACAGAGGAAGAGAAAUAUAGAGAAGAAGAAGGGGAUGACGGGGAAAAGCUGAUCAAAGAAAAACGUUUUUUGAGGGAUAGGACAUCCGAGCUUAGAGCUAAGGCUCCAGAGCCCCAAGUGAAGCUGGAAUGUGAGACUGAAGAUGUUUCUGUCUCAAUGGGUACACUCAAUCCUGAAGGUCACUGCAUGGCUGUCACUGUCGAAGUAGUUUCUGGUCCUGUUGAACUCAAUGUCCUCCGACAACCAGGAAGGUCCUCAUCUUCUGCUCCGGUUUUGACACUUAAUGCCGCAUCGAUACCUAAUAAGCUCGCCACAGAAUUGCCUUUCAGUCAUCAUUCUACCACCAACACCUCAUCUUUGGCCCCAAUUCCAUUAGUGCCCACGCUUUCUGGAUUCCCGGUUAUUACAAGAGAAUCACGACCGAUAGAAUCUUUGCCAGCUGCCAAUAGCUCGUUUGGGGAAAAUGGACGCCGAGUUCUAAAGGAAGAAAUGGUUAGUUCGUUUCCUACUUUUUAUACGCGUGUAUAA